UCGAUCUUGGCUGGAGGUUUUAUUAAAUAAAAAGUGCUUCAUUAUGAUUAUGGAUAAUUCAAAAACUACCAGCAAAACUACGUUGCUCAAGCUGAUGCUGUUGCGCGCAUGGAAAGAGCGUUGGACCGACUGCCAGUGGGGAAUCAACGUGAAAACGAUUCUCACGCGAGGUGUGAGCGGCGAUGUGUAUAACUUGGCCGACGCCAUCGUCCAACAGGCGGUGGUGGGAUCUGGAGCUAAUAUGUUGUUUCUCUCCUAUCUGAAACAUUCGUUGUGCGCCCACCUGAUUUCCCAUGCGGCCGUGCUGAAUCGUAUUGCAAAGUACGAUCAGUUCGAUAAACAUCACUGUCUUAUCGCAUUGCUUGACUUCCUCAAGUCCAUUAUCGAUGGCGUUACCUGCCGGGGUAAGCAGGAAGAAUCGAUCCUCACGAAAGCGACCGUUUCGCUCGUACACUGGUUGCUGCAGAUAUAUGAAUGCGUGCUACAGUCAUAUGUCGAAAGCCGGGCAUUGCAAACCGAAGAAGAAGACGUCGUGCAACGUGUUGCUACCGUGCUCGAACGGAUCGCUGAAAAUCCAUUCCUGCUGGGGGUAAUUUCGAUAGGAAAGUGUGAAGAUCCGGAACAAUUCAUAACGCUCCAGAAAAGGUUUAACGGCAUCAAUAACCUCACCCUGACGACCGGUUACGUGGCGCAUGUGGGUAACAAUACGAACAAUGUCACCGUAACCGAUUAUAUGCGCAAGCUCGUACUGCUCGAGGUAGAUAUUCUGGAGAUGAAACUGUUCGACGGCGGAAAGGUGGAACCGAUCACAUUCAGUCUGCAACCGUUCAUCGCAAUCGAAGUGUUGCUGAACCCGAUGUGCGAAACAAACCAGUAUGUAGCGCAGCUGAUUAAUCUGAAACGCCUCAAGGGUUAUUCGUACGCGCGCUUAUAUUGCGAGAUCAUGCGCGGAUGUCUCAUCUCGCUGAACAAUGUCGAGGGUACGUCAAAGGAGUCGCUAAUGUGUGCGUUUACAUUCAUCAAAGUACCGCACAUUGUGCAUCAGAUACACACGAAAACGAACGGCAAAGAGCAACAGGACGAAGCGACCAGCACGAACUACAGCGUGGAGGUGCUGGAAGCGUUCGAGUUGCUGUUGCAAGAUGGCCCAGUGUUGGACUACAUGGACAUGAAGUGUUCCUGCAAUGUUGUCGAGUGUCUGCUGAAGGAGAUCGUGAAGCACAACCUGCUGACGGAAACGCACGUGAAGCAUUUCGUUGCCCAGCGCGAACCGAUCACGCUCGGUUUGCACAAGCUCGAGGCGAAUAAUGCACAGCUUACGUUGAUGCUGAAGUUCGUAUUUCGCGUCGAAUCACCUUUGGUGGGGAUACUGAAAGCACUCAGCACAGACCACAGCAAGGUGCAAGAUGCGCUGCUUGCUAUGCUGUGUCAGGUACUGACGGGCAAUAGUCUCGAUUUGGUGUUAUCCGUUGCAUCGGUGGAAGGAAAAUUUAAAGCCUUCAUCUCCGGUCUGUUGAAGUGUAACGAUUAUGCUAAGCAAGUUACAGGCGUAGAAAUAGGCAAAGCGGGCACCACUCGCGGGGCAUUAUUCGACGUUACCUUCAUGAUAUUGGCCUCCAUCGCGCAGAGUUACGGAUCGGAUGUCAUCCUAGCCGAGGGAGGAAACAGUUUCUUCGAGAAAUGGGUGCGCGAUUACAUGGUGGAAAGAAAGAAAUCCAAAUCCCCCAUGACGAUGGUGAAGCAAGCGGAUCCAAUGGUGCUGGAGGAGCUUAUAAUGGCGCUCAACAAUGCCGAGGGUGGUGGAUUGAAGGCGUCCAAUCUGCGCUGGGAAGAUAUAUGCUACACCAUCCCGGCCCUUCUCCACCAGGUACUGAUGGCGUGGGAAAAUGAAACGCUCUCGCCGGUGGAGAUCAAGAAAAUGCUCGACGGUUUGAAGGCGCACUUCUCCUCCUUUGCGGUCUGUGCCUCGUCUUGGUUGUGCGCGUACAUGCAGAUGGUACGGCAGGACGAGCAGGUAAAACCGAUGAACAUGGUGCAGCAACUAUGCAGUGCCCUAACGGGGCCCCAAGCGGAAGACUGGCAGCAGCAAGAUUACUGCAAAGAGCGGUUCGGUUUAAUGGGUCAGAUCAUACGCCGCAUGCAGCAGGAUUUUCAACGUACGCCUCAAAUAAACCCAAAACUACGGGCCCUCUUUCCAAGCCAGCAUAUGGUUUCCCAUCUGCCGCUGGAAGAGCAGUUCGAGGAGGCAUGGAAAGCGAUCGCCGAACGGGGUUGGUUACCGAUCGAGACGACGUUCUUGCUGGAUACGUUGCUGCAAUCGUGCGGACCGUCCUGGCUGGUGGAAAAACUAAUCGCCAAGCUGUUCCUGUGCAAGUACAUUCGCGAUCUUAACAAAACGAUGGACAUAAUCUUCGCGAUAAUGCAUCUAGAUAUUGAACGUUGCACGAUCGCACUUCUAUCACAGCUAGUGCCGAUGAUGCUGCUCAACAAACAGCAGACACCCGAAAUUGUUGAUCCACAGUCGCGCGUGCUGGCGAAACUCUGCGUCUACUGUAUUAUCGUCACAAUGGAAGCAUCACUGACGCUGUCGAAAAAACGAACCCGCGGAACUGUCGGUUCCGAUAUGGAAGAUAUCGAUUCGUUGUGCACUAGCGCCAAGUUACGCAAGAUCGAUUUGGACGGCAUUAGCGUGGGAUGUGAAGCAACCGGAGGCAAUGAGUUUACACUGGAGAGUGCGCUUGAUUCGGCGGCCAGCUGGGAUGCGACAUCGGCACCGAGCUUGAAGGAACCGCUGCAGGGUUGUUUGCAAACGUUGUUCCGUACCUUUACGCAGUACAUCACCACGGACGAACUGUCCCCGAAGGUGUACUUUAUAUUUCAGUUUCUGUCGCUGCUGGUCGAGAGUGGUCGGGAGCGGAUCAUGUGCGUGCUGAAACUGAUUCCGAACGGAUUGGUGCAGAAUUUGCUAAAAAUCAACGCCACCGAUGAAAUGACGGUUGGGUUAAUCUUAAGACUGUACGAUCUCAACACACCGAGUGGCCGCCAGUUUGCAAUGUCCGACAUCUGUCUGUUGCGCAACAUUCAGAUGCGAAAGGAGAGCAUAAAGCUGUAAACCUGGAAAGGGUAAAUUGUGGACACUGAGUUUGUAAAGAAAUUUAAAGUUUGUGUAUAAGUGGAAUCAAUCCUGAACGUUCUUAGUUUUAGCGAAGAAUAGCUUAAAUUAAUUUGAACCAAGCGUGGCGUACGAAAGGCUUCAGCGGCUUAGGUGUAAGAUAGGCCUAGGCUCUAACUGACAUUGAUCUAGAUCUAAUGUCAAUGCAAAGAGGAGCAGGCGGACUCGAAAAGACUAAUCCGGCGAACGAGGACGUGAUGUUUUAGCUGCUCGAAAUAGCCAAAUCUGAGGCAAUCGAUUUGGCAAGUAAAGAUUGCUAACAUAAGUCCUGUUUGUGUGUUUAUUUUUAAUUAUGUUUGUGCAGUUAAUGUUUCACGUAGUGGAAAGAACGUUGUAUGCAGUCUUGCGAGUCUUAUUUCUACAGAUUUGUUUGGCUGUUUGUGCUGCUACUCUCGCUUCUCGAGCUGAUGAUACUAAUCCUCUGUCCCGUUCUUGCUAGCUCCUGCUGCGAUUCGAUCGUUUGCAUUUGAAUUUCUUCGUUCGCAGCGACCGUUUGCCGAUGCAAACGUUUCCGGAACUGCCAGUAACCGAUGGCAACGGCACCACCGAUUACGGCCACCGCACCGAUCACCAUACCGCUAAUGGAAGCCGCCGAAAGUGUACCUCCCGUCAGUUCCGCGUCGUUCGAUCCAUUUUCAUCGCGAUUGUGCAGCACAAUGCCAUAAAUGUGUUCCAUCGGAUGUCCCUCAAUCUUGCCGGCACAGAUCCACUGGCCGAAAUCUUCCGCCCGCACCGAACCAAUCACCAGCGAGCAGGAACCCUUCGCUAGGUUAUGGUUCGGAUUGGAAUAGAACCGCUCGAGGAUGGGCCGAUCGGUGGUGAUGUUUUCGUUCAAGCUGAACGCCUGCCCGGUCGGUGUGACGAAGCGACAGUACUGCAGCGGUGUACCGCGUGGAAUGGAAUCACAACCGAGCAGGGCCGGGGAAUCGACACCCACCUCAACACGCUCGGACUGGGAAAUCAUCUGCGAGGUGGAUAUGCGCACCUGAAACAUGGCGGAAACUUCCAGUGCCGAAACGCGCCCAC